GUCCUUAAGUCCCAAACUUAAGGACCUGGUCCUAAGUCCAAAUAUAGAACUUAAGGAGCUGGUCCUAAGUCCCGGACUUAAGGACCUAGUUCUAAGUCCCGGACUUAAGGACCUAGUUCUAAGUCCCGGACUUAAGGACCUGGUUCUAAGUCCCGGACUUAAGAACCUGGUUCUAAGUCCUGAACUUAAGGGCAUGGCUCUAAGUCCCGGACUUAAGGACCUUGUUCUAAGUCCCAGACUUAAGGACCUGGUUCUAAGUCCCGGACUUAAGGGCCUAGUUCAUAAGUCCAAAUCUAGGACUUUAGAAGAUACGAUAGAUGUUCCAAGUAUUUCGGGAAAAUACUUACCAACAGAAAACAAACUU